AUGACGCAUGUCACCGCACCGCUCACAGCAAAGCCCCUCCGAGAGGUCGAGAGUGACACGGUGCCCUUCUUGCCAACCCACAUCCACCAGCAGAAAGCUCUGACUGCCACAGCUCCAAGCACAGAGCCAAAUAUUGUCUCUGCUACUCAGGUAAAGGAGACAGAAACGUCAACAGAGGAGAGUGACCGGUCAGCCACACCCAACCAACACAAACCUCAACACAGUAAACCGCAGAAGUCCAAGGGCAACAGACAACCCCCUCCUAUGUGGGGUCCUGGUUUCCCUGGGUUACCUCCUGGGUUUCCUCCUGGGCCACCCCCCAUGCAUGCUUUCAGACAGGGUGGAAGCAGAAGAUCCGGUGGUCACGGGCCUGCACCUCCUUCCUGGCCUCCCAUGAUGCCUUUUGGUCCUCCAAUGAUCCCCCCGCCUCCUCCCAUGAGCCCUGACAUGGUGGAUGACGAGGCUCUGGGCAGCGUGCUGAUCUCCUGGUACAUGAGUGGAUAUCACACUGGAUACUACUUGGGGUUGAAACAAGGACGCAAAGAAGCUGCCAAGUGGACCAAACUGCACCACAAAUGAUUCGUCUCCACAUCUCAUAGUUUCUCAGCCACCCUCCCUUUUGUGCCUAAUGUGUAUUUUUGUUGUUUCAAUUCAAUGAUUUGAAGGAAGUGUACGUGCUGUGAACACCAGUUCAUCGCAGCUCCAGGAGGAGAGUUUUGUAUUCUUUGUAAAUAGAUUAAAUAAAUAAAGGCUAUCUGAGCACAGUUGAUAAC